AUGUCGGUCUGCAGCUUAGACACCGUCGUCGGUGGCCUCAAGUGGACUGUGCUCAACCCACUACUCAGCAUCGCCUACUUGAUAACGAUCAGUUGCGACCCUGCGAGCUGCGAGGUCCAGUACAAGCCAUUGGAAGACGCGCUCCGCCACACUCGAGCCUAUCUCCCCAUCGAAUCACCGCCAAGGUGGCUCCUCGCCGGUGCAGCGGUGGUGGUGCUACUGGGCUGGCUGCUCACGUUCAGCUCCAACGUCUGGUACAAUCGUACACGCCUCUCUUCGAUACGCAAGAGACAGUGGCAGGAUCAACUCGUCGUAAUCACGGGAGGCGCCUCGGGCAUCGGCUACCGCACCGCAGUGCGUCUCGCAGCCAAAGGCGCCAAGGUGGUAGUCAUCGACAUUCAAAAGCUACCCAGCGCAGAGUCAGGCACUGCUUCUUGGAAAGCGCUGGAAUCCUCGGCGCGGUCCAACAUCGCGGCCUACAUCUGCGACGUCGCCUCCGAGGAUGCGCUCGCCAAAGUGCUCAAGUCCAUCCUCGCCAUCCACGGCGUGCCGACCGUGGUCAUCAACAAUGCAGGCUUGACGCACUCGCAGCCCAUCACGUCGCUCUCGCCCGCACAGCUCUCGCGCCUGAUCAACGUCAACCUCACCUCGCAUCUGUGGAUGCUCCAGCAUCUGCUCCCGGGCAUGGUGCAACGUGCCAAGCUCGACGGUACGCCUGCACACAUUGUCUCGGUCGCUUCGGUCAUGGGCCACACCGGCGUAUCGCAAAUGGUCGAUUACUGCGCAUCCAAGCAUGGCGUCGUCGGGCUGCACAAAGCGCUUCGAUACGAACUCGACUACUGCCAUGGCUGCCCGCAGAUCCGCACGACGCUCGUGGUGCUCGGCCACGUCAACACGCCGCUCUUUCGAGGCUUCCGGCCCGGCUGGCUGGCGCGCUUUCUGGGACCUUCGGUAGAGCCCGACGCCGUGGCUCGCAGCAUAGUGACCGCAGUUGGCAAGCGACGCGGAGGCACCAUUGCGCUUCCCUGGUACGCGAACUGGUCCGAGGCGUUCGCGCUGCUUCCCAGCUGGGCGACCGACUUUGCACACUGGUCGCUUGGCUCCAAUCGCAGCAUGGACGAGAUGAACAAAGCGCGUCAAUAG